CUCAGUUGUCCAAUUGUAGAAAUCUCGUACGAGAUACGUGGCCAAAGCCAGCGCUGCAGUCUUGUUCACUUGUUUUCAACCCAAAAUAACCUUCAUAAACAGCUUUUUUCAACACAUUUUCCAAAAUGGUGCUCCUCGCGGCAGCCGUCUGCACCAAGAGCGGUAAGCCCCUCCUCUCCCGUCAGUUCGUGGAGAUGACCCGGGCGCGCAUCGAGGGCCUCCUAGCGGCCUUCCCUAAACUCAUGAACACGGGCAAGCAGCACACCUUCGUGGAGACAGAGAGCGUGCGCUACGUCUACCAGCCCCUGGAGAAGCUAUACAUGCUGCUCAUCACCACUAAGACCAGCAACAUCCUAGAGGAUCUGGAAACGCUCAGGCUCUUCUCCAGAGUGAUUCCCGAGUACUGUCGCGCCAUGGAGGAAUCGGAGAUCCUAGACCACUCGUUUGAGGUCAUCUUCGCCUUCGACGAGAUCGUGGCGCUGGGUUACCGGGAGAACGUCAACCUUGCCCAGAUCCGCACUUUCACCGAGAUGGACUCGCACGAGGAAAAAGUGUUCCAAGCCGUCAGACAGACCCAAGAGAGAGAAGCCAAACAAGAGAUGCAGCGGCGUGCCAAGGAACUCCAGCGCAGCCGACGGGAAGCGGAGAAGAGCGGCCGGCGAGGCGUGGGUUUCAGCGGGGGCUUCGGCUCGUCCUCGCGCGGCGGCGACAUCACGCCCGUCGUGUCCGAUCUCCCAGCUGAGAAACCCAGGCCCUCAGCUGCCCCGAUAAAGUCCAGCGGCACGGGCAAAGCCAUGAAGCUGAGCAGUAAGACCAAGGACGUGGACAGCUUCGUCAGCAAGCUACGCACCGAGGGGCAAGACGUCAUGACCUCCUCCACCAAAUCCAAACAGUCUGCGAGUAUCGCCAAGACCAGCACGCCGGCCAGCCAGAAAGAAAGUGUGCACCUGCGCAUUGAGGAGAAGAUGGCCGUGACCGCCGGCCGGGAAGGAGGUUUACAGACCCUUGACGUGCACGGACUGAUUGCACUGAAUAUUACGGACAAGAACGACCAGGUGGGAAGAAUCAAAGUGGGCAUCGCAAACAAUGAUGACAAGGGAGCGCAGCUACUGACUCAUCCAAACGUAGACAAGAAACUCUUCCAGUCGGAGUCCUAUAUCAGCAUGAAGAAUCCAGCCAAGCCCUUCCCACUGAACACCGACGUUGGCGUCUUGAAAUGGAGACUAACAACCCAGGACGAAAGCCUCAUGCCACUAUCAAUUAAUUGCUGGCCCUCUGAAAACAACAAGAACGGCUGUGACGUCAACAUUGAGUACGAAUUGCAACAAGAAGACAUGGAACUACAAGAUGUGGUCAUCACUAUUCCAUUAAUGUCCGGCUCUGGCGCCCCCAUUGUCGGCGAGAUAGACGGCAACUCGCGCUACGACCACCGCCGCAGCGUGCUGGAGUGGUCGCUGCCGGUGAUCGACGCCACCAACAAGAACGGCAGCCUGGAGUUCAGCGUGGGGGGACACCCCGACGAUUUCUUCCCUGUCUCGGUCGCGUUCAUCUCACGGAAGUCAUACUGUGAUAUCCAGGUUACGGAUGUACUAACGCUGGAUAGUGAGCAGCCGGUCAAGUACUCCACGGAUGCGGCCGUCCUUGUGGAGAAGUACGAAAUUGUGUAAAGAUGUCCGCAAAAGCACAAUUAUAAAAAUUUGAAGAUAAAAAAAAAUGUUUCAGGUGUUUUAGGACACCAAGUUGAAAGCCGACCCUUUGUAUUACCAAGAUGAUAACAUUUGCGAUGAUUUGGGAAGUCCUUCGUUUAGCUUGGCUCCAGUGACUUUGACCAGAGUAUCUUCUGUCUGAACGUGAACUUCCACGACCGCGCGCAGCCCUGUCAUGUCUGAGUAAUUUGAAAGUGAUCGGUACCCUGCUGAACUGUGCCACAGGUUGGCAUUACGUGCAGGUGUUGUCGACCAGUGCAUUGUUGGCUGUGUUUGGACAUGUCAGACUUCUUUACCUGAGUUUGAUCUCCGUGCACAAGUACCCCCUCAACGGUUACAAGGAGAGAGUUGGGGGAGACCACUGGGAAGGACUCAUUUGAGUGCAUUACUGACAGUGCCUGUCGCUCACGCAAAAAAACCUACGGGUUUGCGCGCAUUCAGAUAAAUGUUAGUCCUACAUUCUUCGCGCAAUGCAUGCUUGAACCAGUAUGCGCUUCCAGUAUGUCCCUCCCCUGGAGCUCUCGCGACUGGUGACAAAGCGCCCUCUAAUGUUCACGCACACAGGGUCCUUUAGCAAAGUGCAUGCGCUUUACACUUGCGUGGGGCCUGGAAGUCAUAAAAACAUGUAGCCGCCAUCUUGGAUAAUAAAAAGGGUCAAAGCUGCUCACUAAAAUAGUUGAUUCGGAGGGUCCAUCUUGUGUUUUUUUUCCCCCCUAAAAUAUCUAACAAACGAAACACUGGGAUAUUUGAAGAUAAACUCCAUGUAGACACUAAUAUACCUCAUACGUAUUCAUGAAGUCUAACUGUUCCAUUCACCGUCAUGUGCAAGUCGCUAGUUUUGCAAUUGAUCAAGUUCGCACGCAAGGAUUCAUGCACAGGGUAAAUACGCAUGCGCAGUCCGCUAGCGCAAAGGUUACCUGUGCGAUGGUCUACUACGCAUGUGCUUUUGUGGAGCUGUCGCGCGGGGAGUGUCCACACACACAGAUAUUCCACUUGCUACAUAGCAUGGUUGCAUAUGCAAGGCAACGUUUUGCUGAGAAAGCUGAUACAUGUACGUAACUCGACAAAGUCUUGGUGAAAUGUAUGAGGUGUAGUAAUACAAAUAUAUCACGGUUUAGUUCGGGGGUGGAUAGGUUAUAUUAGCUCCCCCUAAUACGGAAGUGCGCUGAGGGAACUAGUUUGUCAACUUCCAGUACCUCGGGGAGCUAAUAUACAAAUAUUGGCUGUGCACAGCAAGAUAGCAAAAAUAGCAACUACCAUGUGGCUUGCUCUCGGCCAAUCAAGAUACAGAAUCUGUGGGCGAGGUGUUAUAGUAUUGACUAUCCACCAUCAAACCGGGAUAUAUCUGUAUACUAGUCUAAAGGGGAAAACUGGCAUAUGGUCAAUAGCAUACGGAAAGAUUUUACUAUUUUAGGAGCCACUGUGUAUAAAAGCAACUAUGUCUUAAAUUCUAAAUUUUGUAUAAUAUAUCAUGAUAUUAAUGUUUAGGUAAGGAGGCCAUUUAGUCAAGACUAAGGCC